UCAGCUUGCCUUCAGCUGUGGUAAAUAAUAAAUCAGGUCCAGGUCCUGCCUCAACCAUUCCUCUGCUUCUUCCCUCGACUCGACCUCGCGGCGAUGGAUUCCGCCGCCGCCGCCGCCCAGUCCCAGGCGACGCACGCGCCGGCCGACGAGGAGGAGGCGCGCCGCCGCCGGGGCACCGACUGCAUCUACUACCUCGCAUCCCCGUUGACCUGCAACAAGGGGAGCGAGUGCGAGUACCGUCACAGCGACGCUGCCAGGGUGAAUCCCAGGGACUGCUGGUAUUGGUUCAACGGCAACUGCGCGAAUGCUAAAUGUUCAUUCAGGCACCCGCCGCUGGACGACAUGCUCGGAGCACCGGCGACUCCGCGGGCACCUCAACAACCUGCGCCGCAGGUUCCUGUGCCUGCUAAAGCCGUUCCGCCCAAUGGCACGGCCAAGCCAGUUGUCCCGUGUUACUACUUUCAGAAAGGCAUGUGUGCAAAAGGAAACCUCUGCACAUUCUCACACGGGCCGCAGUUUGCUGGAAACCCUGCUUUGCAGCUGAAGAACUCCAACUCAUGGACGAAGGCGAACAAUUCACCCCAGCAGAGUACCACUCCCGUCGUACAUGGCGAGCUUAAAGCCGGUGCUCAGAAUGGCAGACCAGCUCAGAAGCAAAAUCCGACAAACAGGGCUUAUCAUUCGUCAGGAAUUUACCAGAAUCAGAAUAAUAACCCUUAUGUGCUUUCGGGUGCGGCAAAGAGUUACCAGCCUCACCGAUCGGUUGAAGCCGAGUCUGCUGAGAAUGUUAUGGAGACGGGUGAGUUUGUCAGGGAGCCUUCUGCUGGUUCCAGUGUGCUUGCCGGCAGUGCCGAGGACGACGCCGAACGGUCGAUCAAGGAAGGCCACAAUAGUAGUUACCGGCGUGCCAGCGGGGAGCAGAACAGUGGGGUGCGUAGGCAAGCACAUGGUGGCUAUGAACUAGAAAGGUCAUCACACAGAAGCUCAUCUGACAGGUUGGUCUCAGAGAGAAGGCUUACACAGAGAGACUCGAUGCCUGUGACUGCAGAAAGUUCAGACUUGCGCCACAGGCUACUGAAGCAAAGAAGGCUGAAUGAUUCGAGAUCGACGGAGGUCCCCGAUAGGCGGGAUAGAAGGUAUCCUGAGGAUGAACGCGACAGCCAUCUCCGCCGUCGAGGAGAAGAACGAACUGCCCACGACAGCCUCUCACGCUCUCGGUUGCAUGGUCGGAUAAAACUUCCAGGGGAGACAUCACUGGACAGACUUGGCCCACACCCACACCUAGAGAAAGAGAGAGGGCAUAGAGACAGAUUGUCUCCACCAAAGCAAACGGACCUUCGAGCAAAGCUUCACGAUAGGCUAAAGGCUAGAUCAAAUGAGGAUGUUCCUGGUAAUCUGAAGAGUUCAGUGGUAAAAGCAAUCAGCGGUGAGGAUGCUGGAGUGGUGAACUUUUCUGGUCCAAAGAGCCUCGCAGAGUUGAGAGCAAAGAAGGUUGCUUACAGUUCAGGAGAAAACACCGUCAAGAAUGCUGACCGCAUUGCGCGACCGGCCCGUAUGACGUCCGAGAUAGUUGCCAAGGACUCACCAGACCCUGUUCCCUUCGACGGCCCGAAGCCAUUGAGUGUCAUCUUGAAGAGGAAAAGAGAGGCAGCUUCUGCCGAUUCUGGCAGCAUGCAGGAAGAACAGGUUGCAGGUCAGGUGGAACAGUCCCUGAACAAUUCUGGAAUCCUCGAUACAAACACCGAGGAUGUUGAAGAAGAAGAAGAGUUCCACCCAGAAGACGAUGUGAUGUACGACGACGAUGGUCUGUCUCCUGCUGAUGACAACACUGCAGAAGCUGCAGGCGAUGCAGACAAAGAAGAGCUAGAGGAGGGGCAGCAGGAAGACCUAGAGACAGCAGCAGAAGAAGAAUACGACUACGAGGCGGCUGACGACGCAAAUGCCGAGGGUGAAAACGACUACCAGGAGUACGAAGACGACGAUGAUCUGGAGGACGACGAUGAUUUCGCGCGCAAGGUUGGCGUGCUGAUCUCUUAGUGUGCUAUAAGCAGGGUGUGCACACCCUCAUAGAUUGAAGCAAAGAGGAGGAGCUACUGGUUGGCUCCUCUGAAAAAUCUUGAUCCGUAUUUUUUUCGCGCUAGAUACUUUUUAGUUCGCCGCGCCGAAGACUUGGGCUAAUAAAGUCUGGAGAAAGAUGAAAUUGGGGAUAAAGUUAGGUCAUGGGGAGUUGGGGGAGGGCCUGUUUUUCUGCCAGUGGAAGAUGAGGCAGCUACCUGUUGUUGUAUUCUAGUGUAUGUGUGUGUGCGCUCAGUCCCUGCUUGUGUUGUUGUAACAUUAUUAUUAUUAACUGAUGAUGAACAAACAGAUCACAGAUUGUACCUCUAUUUUGUAUUCUUUAGUGCAUAAGAUGGUUACAGGCCAA